GGAGUGUAUCAGGGGCAGGCGGGCAGGUCGCAUCCGAGCGAUCGCUAACUCGCUCCAUUGGAAGCCGGCGAGGGAAGCGGGUCAGUGUGCGCGGCAACUGGGUCAGGGCGGAUGCACCACCGCGGCCGCGCUCGGCUGCGCUCGGCGUCUCUCGGCUGGCUCCGGCGGCGCAUGCGUGCGGCCCCCAUCGAUCGCCGCCCACGCGGCGCAGCGCCGCUCAAGUGCUCCGCGAGUCGCGACGCGAGUCCCGGGCUUGGCCCUCAACGAUGGCGGCGUGAGCGCGCGCCGCCCGCGGCCUCCGGCGGACAUGCCGCGAUGGCCAGAGAGGAGGUCAGAGGAAAGAGGCCUUUCAAGAUAUGGGACAGUUCGAGGAACGUGAGGAAGGGGCUGGUGGUCACUAGCUUCGAGGAGUUGAUACACAGAGGCAAGGAGAAGUUAUCUGUAGCGGCGAGCGAGCCGGUGCGGCUGGUGCUAGAGAGUGACGGCACGCAGGUAGAGGACGGCGAGUACUGGCGCACGCUACCGCCCAACACAGUGCUGCUGCUGCUGCGGCCCGGAGAGCGAUGGUACCCAACGGGAGUCGACGUCAUCAAGGCUGCAAUAUCGGCAAUACCGAAAAUAGUAUGCGAAACAAUUCACGCACUCGAGUUGCACGAUGAAACGCCUUCAUGGAAGAUCAUGGACAACAAGGGGCGCGUCACGGUGGUGCUGCAUUGGGACCAGCGGCCGCAGGCGUCGCCGGCCGCGCGGUCUCCCUCGCGCCAGCCCAAGCCGGACCGGCGGCCCUCGCUCGUCAUCCAGACCUCGCUCGACCGGCCGACGCCCGCGCCGCCGCACAUAACUGUCGUGAACCACGACGAGCCCGGGCCGGCGCCGCGCCGCCUCACCCGCGCGCCCGGCUCGCUGGAGCAGCCCGGCGGCGUGCACGUGCAUACGGCCGACUGCCGAGCUACCGCCUCGCCCGCGCCGCUCGCGCGCCCUCCGCCCGACGAGUGCGACUUUCACUGCUGCGCGCUGCACGAGGAGGGUCGCCGCAUUGCCGUGCACAAGAGCGUCGCCACCUCACCCAUCCAGGACGCUCAGCCGCGGGCUUCUCCACAGGGCCGGCCCAAGGGACACGUGCGAUUUCUAGACGCGGAGUCAGCGCGCCGAGGCGACCGAGACUCUUCAGAGAGCGAAACCGAAAACACGCUCGUCGAGGACGAGGCCGUUACCUCCGAAAAGUUCCUCCUACUGAUAGAUCAGCUCAGUGUCGAUCAGAAAAGACAUCUCACCAUCAAGGACAUCGGUAUCAUCUUAGAGCGGUUAAGUUCCAAGAUCCUAGACGUGGAACGGUUGGAUCGCGAGUCGGAGUCGGACGACUGCUACAACUGGACGAUCAAGGCCACUAUCAGAGGAGAUGCGCUCCGGGAGCUGGGUGUCAUCUACAACGGCAACUACUAUGCAAUCAGCGAGCACCCCGGCUACCGGGAGGAGAACGAAGAAGCCGGAGACGAGGGUGAAGAGGAAGAAGAGGAAGACAGGCUCUGAUCGGGCCUGUGCGGCGCCGCCGUGCCCGCCGCCGCUGCAGCCGUGCGCACUGCGCUGUGCCGCAUCGCCGCGCGUUGAACGGCCCGCCGCACGCCCGCAACACGCCAGAGCCGAACGCGACUUGCGUGAAAGCAAUAUUUGUUACUAAGGUUUCGUCGUAGAUCCGAGCGAAACGUAACGAUGGGCCCGUAAGGGAUGUCUCAAGGCAAAGGGCACCCAGCCCAGACAGGUCCGGCCCGGCCGGAAACCGGAGAAGCCACGGAGCCGGUGCGUGCCGUCCGGUGGCGACGGCAUACCCGGUCGCCGGAGGUCCGAGCGGAUCGCCCGUCGCAGUGAAUAAUUAGAGACUUAUAUAUGAAAUUAGUCGCGGCCCCGCCUCGCGCCGUGACCCGACGCGUCAAUUGAAGGUGCGGGGCGUGCCACCCUAGUUAAUAAAUAGCGGAAUUAUUGUAAGUAAAACUGACUUCCUAUCGAUUUCUAAGGUGAAUACUUAAGUGUCAGCCGGUGGUGUGGCGAGGGCCGCCGUCUCGCUCGUAUAGCGUUAUGUGUAUUAUAUAUGCGUCGCCGGAACUCAACAGCAGCACAAAUGUUUAUCAUCGAGGUUAUUGUCAAUGUUCUUAGGUAAUUAAUAAAUUGUAGGAGAGCGCUCGCCGCCGCCCUCCCCGUGUGUACUACAUUUGUUUUGUCCACCGCGCGUCGCUCGCGUGCUCGGCGUCGGCCGCGCACGUGGCGCCGCCGCGCGGCUCCACAUAGUUCACUCAAAGUUGGCCUAAUAUUGGGGACUAAGUUUCUGUACAAACUCAUCAUCAUCAUCGAUGCAACCCAUAGUCGACGCAGUCUGAUAAUUAAUUUAAACACCACAGUGUAUAAGACUCAAAAACAAUAAAAUAUAGCGAAGUAGUGUGUAAGAAGGCGGGCCGUGACCGCCGCACGUCUCUCGCAUACGGCAAAUGACUUGCUCAUGUAUUCGGUUAUAUUUGUUAAACUUAUUGCAUCGAGGAGUCGCAGACAGAAGUGUGGGGAUGUUCAGUGCCAGGUGACAGAGGCCGGCGAGCCCCGAGCGCGCCACCCGCGCCGCGAGCCGGGCGCGCGCGCCCGCUGACGGCGCGUCGGCGGCUCGCCCACAGCGGUACUUCCAAACCAUAGCUAUGACGAUGUUUCAGAGAGAGUCGUAACAUUAAUAGAUAUAUUAAAAUUAUUAUAAUUAAUAAAAAUUGAAUGUUAAAAGUAAAAAUGGUUGUAUCUAAAAAUACGAAUAUACCGUAACGCAUCAGUCAUCAUGCUACAUGGGUAUUGGUAGUCGGUAAGUUAAUUCUUGUAUUUAUUAGCUAUAUGGUAUCGUAGAAUUACUGUAUAAUGUUUUUAAUUUUUGUAUAGUACGAAGGUCGUGGUGAUCACGCAUUGAUGUAUGAUAUUAACAAACCAAUGUGGACGAAUACGUUUUACAGCCAAGUGGCUCUCAUAUUGUAUAGUUAUUUAAGGUGUAAUAUUAACGAUUAUUAUUGGAUAUUAUUGAAAGAGUACGUGAUUACCUGCACUUGUUUGUGAUGAGGUAUCGUUUUGUUCAGACGUCGGUGGAGUGUCGUUUGUUUCGCGUCUCUGUUUUGGUGUGGUCUGGGCAAUGGGCCCGCGAGCGCGCGGCCCAUGUCAACAACACCCGCUGGCCGCUGGCUGGCCCACUGCCCGACUGAAGUACUCGUGUAUUUAAUUUAUGUCUUUAUUUCAUUGGUACAAAAAGUACCGUUCGAGGUACAUUCCUAAUUUAAUAUUGUCUCUG